GGCCGGCGCCUGAGGGAGCCCCGCCCCGCUCGUUCCCGGCGUGCCCCGCGCGCGAUGGCGGCCCCGGUGGUGGCUCGGCGGUGCGGGCGGGCGGUGGGGCUGUGGGGCGGGCUCCGCCGGGCCCCGCUCCCGCCCCGCCGCCGGGCCCACGAGCAGCCGCGGCGGGCGCGGGGCGCGGGCGGGCUGCUGGCGGCGCAGUGCGAGCGCGGGCUGUUCCAGGAGGUGUUCCCGGCGCAGAGCGCGGAGGAGCAGCUGCCGGCGCUGCUGGCGCCGGGCCGGCCGCCCCUGGCCGCCUACUGCGGGUUCGACCCCACGGCGGACUCGCUGCACGUGGGGCACCUGCUGCCCGUCAUGGCGCUGCUGCACUUCCAGCGCGCGGGGCACGACGUCAUCGCCGUGGUGGGCGGGGCCACCGCGCGGCUCGGGGACCCCAGCGGGCGGGAGCGCGCGCGGGAGCCGCUGCCGGCCGGGACGGCGCGCGCGCACGCCAGGGCCCUGCGCGCGGGGCUGGAGCGGCUCUUCCAGAACCACCGGGAGCUGUUCUGGAACCCGGGGGCCGGGCGGCUGGGCCGGGCGGAGCUGCUGGACAACGCCAGCUGGCUCGGCCGGGAGCCGCUGCUGCGGUUCCUGGGCGGGGCCGGCGGGCGGCUCCGCAUGGGCACGCUACUGAGCCGGCAGAGCUGCCAGGCGCGCCUCCGCAGCGCCGACGGGAUGAGCCUGGCGGAAUUCCUGUACCCCGCGCUCCAGGCGUACGACUUCCUGCACCUGCACCAGCACCACGGCUGCCGCAUCCAGCUGGGGGGCCACGACCAGAUGGGAAACAUCAUGUCCGGCUACGAGCUCGUCACCAAGAUGACAGGAACAGAUGUGUUUGGAAUCACUGUACCUCUUAUUACCAGUACUACUGGAGAUAAACUGGGAAAAACUGCUGGAAAUGCAGUUUGGCUAAACAGAGAUAAGACUUCUCCAUUUGAGCUGUAUCAGUUUUUUGUCAGACAACAAGAUAACGUAGUUGAAAAAUACCUGAAACUAUUCACUUUCCUACCUCUUGAGGAGAUUGCCCACAUCAUGGAAAUGCAUGCUAAAGAACCUGAAAAAUGGGGCCCUCAGAAACGACUGGCUGCAGAAGUAACCAAGCUUGUCCAUGGCAGAGAGGGGCUAGAAUCUGCUAAGAGGUGCACUAAGGCCCUUUAUUACAGUAGUGUGGAGGCUCUGGAAGAGAUGUCUGACCUAGAGUUACAGGAACUUUUUAGACAAGCUCCUUCUGCUGAACUGAUGCUUGAACCUGGAAUGAGUGUUCUUGACUUGUGUCGCAAAGCAAAUGCCAUUCCAGAUGGACCUAGUGGGUACCAGAAAAUUACAGAUGGAGGAGUUUCAAUAAAUGGGAAUCGUGUAACUAAUCCUGAGACUGUUCUUAUUCUCAGACAGCAUAUUCUCAAGAAUGGAGUAUCAUUACUUAGGGUUGGAAAGAAAAAUUACUAUGUUAUAAAAUGGCUGCAGCUGUGACAACAGAGAAUCUCCCUAAAACAACAGGUCAUUUCAGCUCUGUGGCUUGAAGACAUACUUGAAGAUGUUUCUGUCCUGUGUGUUACUACGCAGCUCACAAACUGCCCAAUACCAUCGAUUUUCAAAAUGCACCAACAGAGUUCAAAUAAAGCAGCUGAGGUAUACCAGUGAAGAGGUUGUAGAUAUUCUGCCUUAUUCAAAGCACCAUUCCUAAGAGGAGCUGCACAAGAAGACAAUGAAAAGAUUCAUUUCAAAGUCCAAAGAUGGAGAUCUUUGGAUCUCAAAGGAGGCUUCCCCUCCUUUAAUAACCAUGUGUUGGAGGAGAACAGUGGCUGGUUACUCCACAGGAGAACCCACAGCAAGACAAGCAAAAUCAUCCUCCAACCCAGGACUUCUUACAGCCAAUGUGUGCUCACCUACCAGAGAAACCUGUGCCAGUGGGCAAGGACAACCAACCUGCAAUCAACGUGUUUGUUCACAACAGGUUUGCUCUGAAGGACCCUGCAGGAAAUUCACAAUAAAGGAAAAGAAUGAUUAAGCACUAAUGAGCUUCUUGGUUAUGUAUGGGGGCACAUUGCACCAAAGCUUUCCAGCCUUCAUGUGGGAAUACACAGCAAAAUCACUUCUUGAAGUGUGGAAGUAUAGAGCCUCUCAAAGCUUAAAUCAACUUCAUGAAUCCCUUUUAAGCCUUCUGUGGGCAUAGUAUGACUUACCAGGUAAGUGACGCUCAUUCCGCUUCUUGGUCCUGUGAAUUCACUGGAUACAUCCUGCUAUCUGCCAUCUUUGAUAAAAGUAUAUCCUGGCACUAGUUCUUUGGCCUCUACAGUCAGUUGCAAUAUAAUAUAUUAUACCACAAGAUCUUAAUCUGACCUUCCUGGAUGUGGUCACUCAGCACCAUCUCUUCUGCUGUCUGAAUAACUCAUGGUAGUUCAGCUGGUUUAAAACCACCCAGCCUAUGAGAGGAAUGGGGAAAUUAUAAAUUAUAAUGAGACGUCUCUGUUUCAGAAAGAAAAAAAGCACUCUAUACAUUGUCUUAGCUCCCAGACCACUUUCUGUUGCUUGUUAACUUUGCCUUAAGAGAAAGCAUGUGGAGGAGAAAGGUGAAGAGAAGGGAAAGUAAAGUUCAUCCACCUAAUAUACCUGCCUUGUUUCUUAAACAACAGAAGCAUUAGUGCAAAUCAGAAGCAUGUGGGAACAAACUACACCAAUAGACAGCCAUGUUUGCCUCCAGAGGAAAACAACAGAGCAGAUCUGAUAGUUUCUUUAUGGUUGCAGGAAAUAAAAUCCCAAGAACAGAGAAAUUAAUAA